GCCGCAUCCGCAUCACGGCGCGCGCGUACUUAUUCCUCCCCCCGCCCUAGCCUCCUCCUCUCCCUCUCUUCUCCUCCACACACCACCACACCAAGCCUGCCCGCCCCGCCGAGCGAAGCGAGAGAGCUAGCGGCCGGCCGGCCGGGCAAGCAAACAAGCAAGUGGAGGGAGAGACAGAGAGAGAGAGAGACAGAGCUCAUCACAAACCACACAGGAAGGUGUGUGGUGGAAGGCUGGAGGAGGAAGAGAGAGGGGCCGGCCGGGGUCGUCAAGAGAGUGAGUUCAUAUAUUCAUACGUGCGGCGGCGACGUCGUCGUACGCAGGAUGUCGGCGUCGGCGUCGAGCGCCGCGUGCCGCGUGUGCGGUGGCGGCGUAGGGGAGUGCGCGUGCCACCACGGCCAUGGUGGGAUCGGCGGUGGCGCGCGGUGCGGGGUCGCUGUCGCGGACCUCAACCGCGGGUUUCCCGGGAUGUGGCAUCACCAGCACCAGCCGGAGGAGGAACCCGGCGGCGUCGUCGUCGGCAGUGGCGCGGCGGCGGCGGCGGCCGGGCUGCAUGAGUUCCAGUUCUUCGGCCACGACGAGGACCACGACAGCGUGACGUGGCUGUUCAACGACCCCGCGCCACACCUGCACCGUGGCCCGGCGCCGGCUGCCACGGUCGGGAACGGGGUGGCCGCCGAGGCUGCUGAGCAGCCGAGAGCGCCGCCGCCGUUGUUCGACGGGUACGCGCACGCGCACGCGCCGUACGGGCAGCUGCCGGGUCACGGGCUCACGUUCGACGUGCCGCUGGGCCGGGGCGGCGAGGUGCAGGCCUCCGCGGCGGUGCUGGAGGCAGGGCUGGGGCUAGGCGGCGGCGGCGGUGGCGGCGGCAGCAAUCCGGCGACGACGUCCAGCGGCGCCACAAUCGUGAGUGGGAUGUCCUUGUGCGGGAGCACGUUCACUGACGCGGCGAGCGCCGUCCCGGGCGACGCGGCCAACGGCAGCGCGAGCGGCGCCGACCCGGCGGUGGACCGGGAGGCGAAGGUGAUGCGAUACAAGGAGAAGCGCAAGAGGAGGCGCUACGAGAAGCAGAUUCGGUACGCCUCCCGCAAGGCCUACGCAGAGAUGCGGCCGCGCGUCAAGGGCCGGUUCGCCAAGGUGCCCGACGGUGACGCUCCGGCGCCACCGGCGCCGGCCGCAGCAGCAGGCUACAAACCAGGCCGGCUCGACCUCGGAUGGUUCCGUUCAUAGCAAAGACCUAUGUCGGUCAGAGUCAGAGCAUUAGCUAGCAUAUAUAGGCCAUUGGUUAAUUAAGGGUACAGUACGAGAUAAAUACGCACGAGAUAUUAAAUGUAUAUGCGAUCGAUGCACGACUAGCUAGCCCCUGAAAAAUAUAUAUACGUACACACACUGUUGGUGUUGAUACUAGCAGUAUAGUACAUUAAUACUAGCAAUAUCAAGGUACCCCGUCCAAUCGGACUGGUAGCUAGUCUUUUUAUCACUACCACAAAAAAAACAAUUUUUGGAGACAAAUUAUCUGAUUAGCGGAGGCGAGCACGUUAAGAAACCGCCUCCGUAAAUA